AAAUCUUUAUAGAGUCCUGGCCUGGCUCGGAGUGUUUGCCGGGCCACCCAGCUUUCCAAGCAGCGCCGGUGCUGAGUCCCGGGGAUAAGGCGACAACCCCGAAAAGAGGAAGGCCAGCGCCCAGGAGAAGAGGGCUUCCCGCGGUUACCUUUUCUUGGGAGUACAGCCUGGCUCAGCGAGAUGAGCUGGGAUCUCCUGUGGUCCCUGCUGCUGGCCUGUGCGCUCGUGUACUUAGGGGUGCAGCUGAUCCGUUUCGUGCGGGCAGACGGCGACCUGACUCUGCUCUGGGCAGAAUGGCAGGGACGCCGGCCAGAAUGGGAGUUACCUGAUUUGGUGGCUUGGGUGACAGGAGCCUCAAGCGGCAUUGGUGAAGAGCUUGCCUACCAGUUGUCUAAAUUGGGAACGUCCCUUGUGCUGUCAUCAAGAAACGCAGAUAAACUAGAAAGGGUGAAAAAUAAAUGUCUUGAAAUUAGCAACUUGAAAGAAAAGGACAUCCUUGUUUUACCCCUUGAUUUGACUGACAGAAGUUCUCAUGAAGCAGCAACAAAAAAAGUUCUCCAAUAUUUUGGUCAAAUUGACAUUCUGGUAAACAAUGGUGGAAGAAGUCAACGUUCUUUGUUUGAGGAAACAAACCUGGAUGUUUAUAAAGAGAUAAUGGACAUUAACUUUAUGGGCACUGUCUCCUUAACAAAAUGUGUUUUGCCUCAUAUGAUUGAAAGGAAGCAAGGGAAGAUUGUUACAACAUCCAGUUUAAUGGGCCUUGGAGGAGUUGCUCUGGUCUCAGGCUACGCCGCUACCAAACACGCACUUCACGGGUUUUUUAAUAGCCUCCGAAGUGAACUUGCAGUAUAUCCGGAGAUAACAGUUAUGCUCAUUUGUCCUGGACCUGUACAGUCUAACAUUGUAGAAAAUGCCUUUUGUGAAGAAGUCUCAAAGAAAGUAGAGAACACAGGAAAUCAGGACUAUAAGAUGGCAACCAGUCGCUGUGUUCGGUUGAUGCUGGUAUCCAUGGCCAAUGAUCUAAAAGAAGCCUGGAUUUCUGAACAGCCAUAUCUAUCAUUUUGCUAUAUCUGGCAGUAUGCCCCAACCUGGGCCUGGUGGCUAACGAACAAGCUGGGAUACAGAAGAAUUGAAAAUUUUAAGAGUGGACUGGAUGCCGAUUCCUCUUAUUUCAGACCAUUGGAGAAAAAAUCAAACUGAAAGAAUACCAGCAUUUUUCUUCUCAUUGUAAUUGAAGAAAUGGAAAAAUGAAAUGCUUUAAAUGCAGUUUAUAUUUCUAUAACAAUUCAUAAAACAAAUCAUAAAUGCUGCAAUAAAGAUCUUAAACAUUA